AUGUCGAAUCAGGAGUCGCUGAAGGGGGCGAUGCGCGAAGUACUAGAGGCGAAGGGCGUGAUCGAUCACGUCAAAGCAGAGCUGCGUGCUGCCAUCUUUCAAUCGCUGCAGGACACUGCCUCACAGGGAGAAGGCGCAGAGUCAGCACGGCCGCCGGUGCCGCCGGAGAACUUGCUGUUGAACGAGCUCAUCAAGGAGUACUUAACCUUCAACGGGCUCGAGCACUCUCUAGCGGUGUUCAAGGCGGAGUGUGGGUCGAGUAAAGAUGCCGCUGCUGCGCCCAUUCCGCGUGCUGUUCUGGCCGCGCAGCUGAACAUGACGGGUGCACCGGCGUCGGUGCCGCUGCUGUACGCCAUGCUGCACGAGGCACGCGCCUCGAAGGACACUUAG